AUGCGUGGAAUUGGUCGGGCAAGUCACGCGUUCAAAAGGAAAGGAGUGAUAUACCUUCCUGACUCGCAUCUCGGUAUAAGACAAUCAAGAGCCAAAUUAUUAGACGUACGUAUGGCUUCAGAAAUAGCUUCUGAGACCUCAACUUUUGGCUUGAAUUCAAAAGAAAAGUCAAGUGAAAAGACAUCCAUGGCUUUGGAGAAAAAACCUAGUUCAGGACAGCCUAAAAUGGGUAAAAAGAGCAAAAAAGAUUUUGAGGAAACCCCUGAAGAAGAGGAAUUAGGUGAAGAAGAAUACACUGUUGAAAAGGUGGUUGAUUCUCGGAUGAGAGGUGGACGGCGAGAAUAUCUACUGAAAUGGAAAGGAUAUCCAGAUUCUGAAAAUACUUGGGAACCAGAAGCCAAUUUAGACUGUCCAGAUUUAAUAUCAGAAUCAACAGAGGAAGAUAACAAACCUCGGGGUUUUGACAGAGGUCUGCAGCCAGAAAGGAUUAUUGGUGCUACAGACAGCAGUGGAGAGUUGAUGUUUUUAAUGAAAUGGAAAGAUAGUGAUGAAGCUGAUUUGGUGCCAGCAAGACAGGCCAAUGUAAAGUGCCCACAAAUUGUAAUUGCAUUUUAUGAGGAGAGGCUCACCUGGCACACACAUAAUGAUAAUGAAGACGAAGAAAAAGAUGAGAGCAAGUCAUGA